UGUAUGGAAAACACCACCAUUGAUGAUCACCAUCUUCUGUUGUCUCUGCAUGUCCAUCAAGUUGAGGGUCACGAUCACAAUGCGAAUGGCACCAAUUCCUCCUAUCCAUCCCAAGGAUUAAUGUUAAAAAGGAGCAAGCAGCUACGACCAGCCGUAAGAUCACUCGAUGUGGAGCUGCGCAACCGGAAAAGUGCCGGUCCUUUCCAAGAGGACCAUGUCCGGACUCCGGCCCUCUUUGCCGUAUAGCGGCCUGGGGUAUUGACGCUGUAGAGAUUGUAUCUGCGAAAGAUUUUGGCAGAGCUGCUUAGCCUAGUCUUCUGCGACGGUCGGAGCGGAUAGC